UUUUUGUUUCCUUUAAAUGUUUUAUGUAAAGUUCUAUUACAGUAUCUGAUAAUUAAUUAAUGAAAAUAAUAUUAGUCAUUGAGAUGAAAACUAAAAAACUACAUUGUUAGGAAAAAUCGUAGAAAAUUUGGUACACAUUCAUACACGUCUGCUACCGUAUCUGACAGUGACCUAGCGAUACCUUACGUAUUGAAUAAUCAAAGAGAACUUUGUACAUUAACGCAUCACAUAACCUAAAAUAUGGUUCGGUUUAAAAACAGAUAUAUAGUAUUUGAAAUAAGCCUUAAUGAUAAAUAUAAUAAGCCUUUCCAAUUAAAAACUACAACUUUACAUGUUGCAAUUCAAAAAAAGGUACAACAGUUGUACGGUGAUUUUGGAGAUGCAGCAAUAAAAGCUGGUUUUAGCGCAAAGUAUUGCAAUAUACAUACAAAAAUAGCAUUAGUAAAAACUAGACACGGUCCCCAUAAAUUUUUACUGAAAGCUAUUCCAAUGAUAAUUGAUAUUGCAGGACGUUUAGUAUCAGUAAAAAUACUUUAUGUGGGUGCAACAUUAAAACAUUGUUUCCUUUUUAUUAAAAAAUAUCAACAACAAAAACUAGAACAAGUAUGGAACACUCUUAAAAACGAAACAGAGCGCAAAAACAUGGAAAACGCUUUAAUGACGCUAACUCCAGCCAUGAAAGACUGUACAUAAAACAUUAUACUUUCGAAACUAAAUGUAUUUAUAUUCAUAAAGU